AUGACAAAUACAGUUUCAUCAACAAGUGGUACCACUAAUCGGCCACGUCUUUGUCGAUCUGAUAAUCAACCAAAUAUGCUAGAAUAUAUUGAUACAACAUUAAAUGAUUCGUUUUCAUCAUGUUUAAAAUUGCAAGUAACACCAUCAACAACAACAACAACUACUACUAAUACAUUAUUAUCAAAUGGAUAUGAUCAAUUUGGUAAUACAAUUGUUGAUCAAUAUCUUCUUUAUAUUUUAUGUCAAAAAAUAAAUCCAAAUCGAACUGACAAUAGGACUAAAGAUCUCUAUCAAUCAUUACAUAAAUUAUUUCUAUUGAAUGGUAAAAUAUCGAAAUCAUUUUUUGAAUAUUCACCAUCAUCUAUUAAUCGUUCAAGUUAUCAAUCUUUAUUUAAUAGUUAUACAAAUUUUAUUUGGAAUGAAUUUGAUAUUGAUAUUUUACUUGAACUUGCUUGUUUCUUAUUAAAAUAUCGUUUACGUGAUAUAUUUAUAAAUGUAACAAAUAAUAAAACAAAUAUAAAUUCUACAAAACAAAAAAUGAUUGGUUAUUUUCUUGAAAUUAUUGGAAUAUAUUAUAUUUGUAAAAAUCAUCAUGAAUUUUUUAUUCAUUCACGUUCAAAAGAUAUGCUUUUUCCAUAUCCAUCAUCGACUCUUAAUUUUGAAGAUUCUCAACAAGAAAAAGAUAGUAAUUUAUUUAAUAAAUUUCUUUGUAAAAUUUAUGAUAAUGGUGAAAUAACAUUUAAUUUAAAUCAAAUAAAACUUCUUUUACGAUCAGAUGAAUAUCAAUUUUUAAAUAAAAAAUUAGAAAAUAAAAAAAUUGGUUUUAUGAAUUUUUUUGAAACAAUUAUACAUUAUCAACAAGAAAAUUCAUGUCGUUCAUUAAAAUCUAUUUGUCGUUUAUCAAUUAAAAUGCAUAUUAAACAAUUUCCCGAUGAUAUUAAACAAUUAUCAACAUCUCCAUUGAUGAAUGAUCGACUUAUAACAUAUUUAACUUACGAAAAUAAGUACAUAUUUGAAUCUUAUGGGUGA